CGAGCCAAUGGGAGGACGGCGGGGGCGGGGCCGCGGCGACAGCGGCGGCAAGGGGGGUGAAAUUUCUGGAAGGUGCGGCGGCCGGAGCGGGACGGGACGGGGCGGCGCGCGGGGACGGGCCCCGCAGCCCCUGGCGCUGCCGCUCGCACCGCCGCCAUGAAUCACAAGAGUAAGAAGCGGAUCCGUGAGGCGAAACGCAGCGCCCGGCCCGAGCUGAAGGACUCGCUGGACUGGACCCGCCACAACUACUGCGAGACCUUCCCCCUCAGCCCCGCCGCCUGCAAGGAUAACGUGGAGAGGGCAGAUGCACUCCAGUUAACAGUGGAGGAAUUUGUCGAGCGUUAUGAAAAACCUUACAAGCCCGUAGUCUUGCUGAAUGCUCAGGUGGGCUGGUCUGCCCAAGAGAAGUGGACUCUGGAACGACUGAAACGCAAGUAUAGGAACCAGAAGUUCAAAUGCGGGGAGGACAAUGACGGUUAUUCUGUGAAGAUGAAGAUGAAAUACUACAUAGAGUAUAUGGAAACCACGCGUGAUGACAGCCCGCUCUACAUCUUUGACAGCAGUUACGGAGAGCAUCCCAAGCGCAGGAAACUUCUGGAGGACUACAAAGUACCCAAAUUCUUCACCGAUGAUCUCUUUCAGUAUGCAGGGGAGAAGCGAAGGCCGCCUUACAGAUGGUUUGUGAUGGGCCCACCUCGUUCUGGAACAGGAAUUCACAUCGAUCCCUUGGGAACUAGUGCAUGGAAUGCCUUAGUCCAGGGACAUAAGCGUUGGUGCCUGUUCCCCACCAGCACUCCCAGAGAGCUGAUCAAAGUGACACGAGAAGAGGGGGGGAACCAGCAGGAUGAGGCUAUCACUUGGUUCAAUGUCAUCUAUCCCAGGACGCAGCUCCCCACCUGGCCCGCUGAAUUCAAACCCCUGGAAAUCUUACAGAAAUCAGGCGAGACAGUCUUUGUGCCAGGUGGCUGGUGGCACGUAGUUCUCAACCUUGACACAACUAUUGCCAUCACACAAAACUUUGCCAGCUGUACCAACUUCCCUGUCGUGUGGCACAAGACAGUAAGAGGGAGACCCAAAUUGUCACGGAAAUGGUACAGGAUCCUAAAGCAGGAACAUCCUGACUUGGCAGCCUUAGCUGAUUCAGUUGACCUGCAGGAAUCUACUGGUAUUGCUUCCGAUAGCUCUAGCGAUUCUUCCAGUUCCUCAAGCUCCAGCUCCUCAGACUCUGAUUCAGAGUGUGACUCUGGCUCUGAGACGGAGGGGAUGAUGCACCGGAGGAAAAAAAGGAGAACGUGCAGCAUGAUGGGUAACGGCGAUACAACUUCCCAGGACGACUGUGUGAGCAAAGAGCGCAGCUCCUCCAGGUUGCCUUUUCAUUGCCUGGUUGAGCAGCCUGGGAGCCUGCACAAGCUGUGUGUCCUCUCAGACAGAGCAAGCUGCAGCUGCUGCCUUUUGGAAGAGUGGGGGGGCCAGGAGAGGAGAGUGCUCAGAAGCCUCAGCUCUGUGGCUGUGAGAGAACUGUCCACUGCCCCCUUUGGUGGCUUGACAGUUAGUAUGUCACUAAGAUGGCUUAUGCUGUAGCGUGCAGUUGCAUUUGGCACACACAAUUCAGUCUUGCAGUCUUAAAACCUUCCAUGUGUGUGAAAACCUGAUCGCUGUGCCGGGAAAGCCACACUUGUACCAGUCAGAAGCACAGUGGGAAGAUACGGAGUGCAGAGUAUUCUUCCAUGCCUGUGAACUCUUCCAUGAUGCAAAAUAAAACAAUUUUGGAUUGAAGCCUGUGUGCAGUUGACAUCCCUCACAGGAAAGCAGUGUGCUUGAAAUGGACUGGAGGCGUCGUGGUGCCAGCGAUGCAAAAUGGACUUCUCUACAAGGCACUUUCAUAUAGGAAACAAAGGUGUAUCUGUUUAGGCUGCCUGGGAAUCGGGACUCCUGGGAUCUCUGGUUCUUCCGCUUACAUUCUCUUGCCUCAGCCGAAUUGGUGAGCUUCUGUCUCUGUUUCAGUAAAUGAGGAAAAUACCUACCUCACAGGGGUGUUGUGAGGCUGAAAUGUAAUUACUGUGUAAGAUGCUUUGAAGUCGUCCUCCCACAAGAAGUUUUCCAGACAUCCUAAGCACCCUGAGACUUCCUAACCAGGUGUUAGCUUUUUGUAGCAGAGAACACUGGGGAUGUUGUUCAGCUCCCUUGGCCCUGCAGUGUUCCGUGGUGGCCCUUCCAGAAUUGCUGUGUGGUACAUAAAUUGUAGCAGAACAAGGCUUUUUGUUUUCACCAGAGUUUAACUGUUGGUAUUUCAUGGCCUGCUCUAAACAGGAGGUCCUGCUAGUUUGGGGAUUUUUAUCAAAUAGGACUAGACUAAAUUAUCUCUCACCAGGGAGUCUGCUUCACUGGCCUUGUAGGAACAAGGAGCCAGUGCUUCCCAGGCCCUUGCCAGGCUGGAUGAAUGAAGAAUUAAGUUAAAAACUGUGCUCCCCUUGUGCCUAGCUCUGUGCUUGUGGGAGGCUGACUAGGGAGAGCGGGUUUUGUGCUCUCGCUUUUCCAGGCUUGUGCUUUUUGGGGCAUCCAUGUCUCCUGUUCCAGCCACACUGCUUUUGUGUACGGCAAGCCCCUGGAUGUAGCAGGCUGAUGUGGUCCAGCGCCCAGACCCGGUGGGCCCCUUGUUUCCUUGAGCCCCACAGCAGCAGACUGCUCUGCCCCAGUCCCCACCGGCACUUUGUCAGCCUGGCAGUGCCUUGUGGGCUGCCUUGUUCCCCAGGAACAGGCUUAGAGAGCCACGUGCCGGGUUUGGACUGGGCCUCCCGACUACUGUGCGUAUGGGCGUCCUUGUCCUGCCCGCUCUGGCAGAAGGUAAAGGUGUUUGUAAGCUCCGGCUGUGCUUUUGAGUCUGGUGACCAAUACAGGCUCGUCUGCUGUGACAGUUGGAGUAAAUGAAUAAAUACCCCAUCAGAACUGUAGAUGUGGACAACAGGCCCGCCGACCUCAGCAGCUGCUCCCAGCACAAGUGCUGUGUGAGCAGGUGCUGCCGAGGAGGCGCUGGCAUACCUUCCUCCCCUUUCCAGCUCGGGAGUGCUGGCUCCAGUUUGUCUUCUCAGUUACAUUAAACCUCUCUGAAUACUUAGAAGAAAGACAGCAACCUCUUUCAUAAUUAACCUAGACCCUUUUCCUCCCCGAAUCCCCAGCCGUCGUGGGGCAGGAAGCCAGACCGUUGACUGCAUCAAAUCUGAAAUGCCUGUGUGGGCUAAUUGUGUAAUGGGAGGUUUUUGGCAUCCCCCUCGCAAAGGGGGGAAGGAAAGAGCGUACUGAUUCGUGUGACAGUCACACUGUCAGCUCCAAGCCCUGCCGCUGCCGUUAGCUGCUUUUAUCACCCCAUCCAGCAGAGCUGGGAUACUCUUAAUUGUCUUGUUUGGAUGAUUGUGGUUUUUGCUUUUUAUUUUAAAUAAAAUCAAUUAUUUUGCAUUA